UCCCACCUCGCUGCCCCUUCGCCGCCCUCCACCCCGCCCCAACACCAGAAUCCCGCGGCUCCGCGUCCGCCGAAGCGGGAGGUGGGCAAGGCACCCUACCCCGGCUCACGCGGCGUGAAAUUACACUCCCACUCCUCCGAUUCCCCACUCCGCGAUGGCGGUGCCUCGCCCUCCGCCGCUGGCGGCCCUGGGAGGCGGGGGCGGCGGCACCCCCGCCGUCGGAUCACCCGCCGGGGUCAGCAUGCGUAUGUUCCACGGCGACGUGUUCCUCGGGGAGGUGGAGGUGUUCCCGAUGAAGCAGGGGCCCGAGGGGGGCCUCCCGUUCCCGAGUAACGAGAUCCGCAUCAGCCACCUCUCGCCGGCGAGCGAGAGGUGCCCGCCCCUUGCCAUCCUGCAGACCAUCGCGCCCUUCUCCGUACGAUGCAAGCUUAAGGCCAAGCCGAUACCUCCCCAGCCAGGCCUCCAGCGCCUGUAUUUCACUUGCUUCAACGAGUACAAGAGUGUAGUGGUAGUGGUCGGAGAUGAGGAGCUGCACCUAGUGGCAAUGCCGACCAAGGCGGAGAAAGUGCUGUGCUUCUGGUGCUGCUCUGCACGCUCUGGGCUCUAUGCAGCAUCGGUUGGGAUGCUCAACCUGCGCUGCCUUGCCAUUGUGUUUGAUCUUGAUGAGACCCUUAUUGUUGCGAACACAAUGAAGUCCUUCGAGGACCGGAUUGAAAUGCUUUCCCGCAGGAUUGAUGUUGAAGAUGAUCCUGUCAGAGUAGCAGGGAUGUCUGCAGAAAUCAAGCGGUACAUUGAGGACAAGGAGCUUCUCAAGGAGUUCAUUGACACAGAUACUGUUACAGACAAUGGCAGAAUCGUUGGAACCCAGAAGGAGGAGGUUCAACCUCUGUCUGGUGGCCAGGAGCGUGUUCUCCGCCCUGUUAUCAGGCUACCUGAAAGGAAUGCCGUCCUGACUCGCAUCAAUCCAGAGAUUCGCGAUACCAGUGUUUUUGUAAAGCUAAGGCCUGCUUGGGAGGAUUUGAGAAGUUACCUAACUGCCAAGGGACGCAAAAGAUUUGAGGUCUAUGUAUGUACAAUGGCUGAGAGAGAUUAUGCUCUUGAGAUGUGGAGACUUCUUGAUCCAGAAUGCAACUUGAUAAGUUCACAGCAGAUUUCAGAACGUGUAGUAUGUGUAAAGUCAGGUUCCAAAAAAUCUCUGCAGAAUGUUUUUCGAGAUAGAGGAUGCCAUCCAAAGAUGGCCAUGGUCAUCGAUGACCGACUUAAUGUUUGGGAUGAUAAAGAUCAGCCUAGAGUUCAUGUUGUCCCUGCAUAUACUCCAUACUAUGCCCCACAAGCUGAGAUGGCAAAUGCUGUUCCAGUGCUUUGUGUUGCGAGAAAUGUCGCUUGCAAUGUUCGUGGUGGUUUUUUCAGAGAAUUCGAUGAAAAUCUAUUGAGGAAGGUGUUUGAACUAGCGUACGAAAAUGAGUUAUUGGAUCUUCCAUAUGCUCCAGAUGUUGGUGACUACUUAGUCUGCGAGGAUACUACUUUUGUACCGAUCAAUAAAGAUCAUGCCCCUAUACCUGAGGGCAUGAGAGGAGCUGAAGUGGAGAAGAGAUUGAAUGGGCAGUCAUAUCUGGGAGACCAAAGGGAAGGACGACAAGUAUCAUCCUCAGCCCGUUCAUCAGAUGAUGAGGGAAUGGCAGUCCGAGGCACUGGAGGAAGUAGGAAUAUCCAGUCCAAUGGGGGAUCACUGGCAAUAACCCCCUCGGUAUUUGUCAUGGUGUUACAAGAAAUUGGGCGACUAUGUGACUCCAAGGUGGAAUUCAGAUCUACUGUAAGCAAUGGUAAAAGUAUUCAAUUUUCUGUGGAGGUUCUGUUCAGUAAUGAAAAAAUUGGAAUCGGCAUUGGAAAAACACGAGAUGAAGCCCAAGUGCAAGCUGCUGAAAAAGCUCUCCAAAAUUUGGAGAGCAGUUAUUUGGCAUUCAUUGCUCCUACCGCUGGAGUACCUAAUAAAGACAUGAGGAAGUCCCCUGGUAACGGAAAUGGCUUUCUGGAAGAUAUUACUUGUUCAGAGGUUGAUAUUUCUAUGCAAGAACCUUCUGGAAGUACAUUGAAACAUGAUCAUUCAAACAAUUUGGAUAACUUGUCUUCUGUUAUGAGUCUUAUUAGAGAACAUUGCUUGGAGGACCAGCAUGUGGUAUUUCGAGAUCAAGUCUGGAAUUCUAGCUCAGCUAGAAAUGAAGAAUAUCACUUUCAGGUUGAACUGGCAGGACAGAUUAUUGGGAGGGGCGUUGGUUCGGACAGAGAUGUUGCAAAGCUUCUGGCUGCGGAAGAGGCAUUGAGGACCUUAAAAUCAACAACUGACCCACAAAUUAAGAAGUAUUUGAAACCUGUAAGAUGCAAUGGCUGAUUCCCUCCCACUCCAGUCCCUCAACCAAAUGAGUUCAAGAAGGUUUGAAUGUGAGGACAGCUGCUCAUGUCACCAUUCCAUCUUCAAAAUGGUUGGAUGUCAUUUGAUUUACGAGAAGCCCAUUUCUCUUUCUGUGAGUAUGGCUGACAUCUCACCUCAACCCCAUGAUGUGUGCCAAACUUUAAGCACAUGUCACGCUGGAAAUGUCAGCUUUGAAGGUGGUAUAUUGUAGAGAGCGAUGCAUGAUGCUUUCUGGAUUCUUUUGACCACCUGACAUCAAAAAAUUUUCUCCUGUACGAUUUCUUACCAAACUACUAUAGAUGUACUCGUCUUGGUUCUGAUAGUGGCAUAGUUGGCUGUACACAAGUAGGAACGUAGGGUGCCAUGGUUCUAAAAUGUUUACUUGACGGAUGUGAUGAACCGUGAACUGUUGGAUCAUUGAACAUAGAAUGCUUGGACCUAACGUUUAUGUUUAUAUGGUUAUAAAUCGUGCGAAACCUUUUUACUA